AUGGCCAUCAAAUCACUUCAGAUUCGCGUCUCUAUCGACAGAGGCGGUACCUUCACUGAUGUCCACGCCGCGACACCUGGACGAGAAGAUAUCAUCCUGAAGCUUCUCUCGGUGGAUCCUGCCAACUACCAAGAUGCACCGACGGAAGGUAUCAGACGGAUCUUGGAGUUGGCUACAGGUCACCCGCAUCCCAGAGGCCAACUCCUGGACCUCUUCCACAUCGCAAACAUCAAGAUGGGCACAACUGUUGCAACCAACGCAUUGUUAGAAAGGAAGGGUGCCAGAUCUGCCCUGCUCAUCACGAAAGGUUUCAAGGAUCUGCUUCUCAUCGGCAAUCAAUCACGGCCAAACAUCUUCGAUCUGUCAGCAGCGAAACCUGAUGUCCUUUACGAGCAUGUAAUCGAGGUCGACGAGCGCGUGACUAUGGAAGACUAUACGGAAAAUCCGAAUCCUGAGACGGUCAAGCUGGAUGGUUCAGAUCCUGACAUCGAGGAGGCGGUCACUGGCGAACGUAUCCGUAUACUGCAACGACCAGACCCAGAGGCCAUGUUGGACACGCUCGAACAACUAUGGGAUCAAGGAUACCGCUCGAUUUCCAUCGUCUUCCUCCAUUCUUACGCAUAUCCCGCUCACGAGAACCUUGUUGGCAACUUGGCUGUUUCAAUGGGCUUCUCAGUGUCGCUCUCCAGCGCGUUACAGCCUAUGAUCAAGGCUGUUCCCAGAGGAAUGAGUGCUACAGCAGAUGCGUACCUCACACCAGUCAUCAAGCAAUACAUCAGUUCAAUCUCAGAUAACUUCAGAGGUGGGCUUGGAGCUCAGAACACCCGUUGCGAGUUCAUGCAAUCGGAUGGUGGACUUGUUGACUUCCGCAGGUUUGGCGGUCUCAAGGGCAUUCUGUCUGGUCCGGCUGGCGGUGUUGUUGGCUAUGCUCAGACAUCAUGGGACGAUGACGAACGCCGACCUAUUAUUGGUUUCGACAUGGGUGGUACAAGCACAGACGUUUCGCGUUAUGCGGGUGUCUACGAGCACGUCUUCGAGACCACAACCGCAGGAGUUUCUAUCCAAUCACCUCAACUGGACAUCAACACUGUCGCAGCAGGAGGAGGUUCUAUCCUUACAUGGAAGAAUGGUCUGUUCCACGUUGGUCCUGAGUCUGCUUCUGCUCACCCUGGUCCUGCCUGCUAUCGUAAGGGAGGACCUUUGACCGUGACUGAUGCCAACUUGUUCUUGGGAAGGUUAUUACCAGACUAUNUUCCCAAGAUCUUCGGCCCCAAGGAAGACCAACCGCUCGACCGCGACAUCACAGCACGAAAGUUCUUGACGCUGACUGAGGAGAUCAACCAACAACAGCGUCAAGACGGUGCCGUCACAUUCUCGCCCGAAGAAGUUGCUCUAGGUUUCUUGAAUGUUGCCAAUGAGGGUAUGGCAAGACCUAUCAGAGGCUUGACAGAAGCCAGAGGCCAUGACACUGCUGCACACCACUUGGCUUGUUUCGGUGGUGCUGGCGGACAACAUGCCUGCUCUGUGGCGAAGGUUCUUGGCAUCUCAAGGAUCAUCAUUCACAAGUAUUCAUCAAUCUUAUCCGCAUACGGAAUGAGCCUGGCAGACGUUGUGCAUGAGAUCCAAAAGCCAGCAGCCAUGACCUACUCCUCAAAAACUCAGCAAAUCAUUCAGAAGCAGCUCGAAGAUCUCGCUGUCAAGGCAUCAAUCGAGCUGAAAGAGCAAGGGUUCACCGAUGAGGACAUCACUUAUGAGACCUUCUUGAAUCUUCGUUAUGCCGGCUCAAGCAGUUCUCUCAUGGUGCUCAAGGGUGCUAAUUGGGACUUCCAAUCGGCAUUCGAGGAAAGACAUCAGCGCGAAUUUGGCUUCCUCUUCCAAGAAAAGCCCAUUCUGGUCGACGACUUUCGCGUCAGAGCAAUUGGUGCUGCGCAUGAGAGGAUUGCCGCAAGUCCAUACGCACAGCUGACACAAGCCGCUUCUCUCAGUGUUCCCGAAGCCGUACCCAACGCUUCAAAUCGUGUGUACUGUGAGGGCAAAGGAUACCUGGAAACUCCAACCUAUGAGCUACCUACUAUCGCUGUCGGCAGCAGAAUCCCCGGUCCGGCCUUGAUCAUUGACAAGACUCAGACUAUAGUGGUCCUUCCCAACGCUAUCGCAAACGUGCUCGAAAGCUGUGUGGUGAUCGAUCAGGAAACAUCCACUAUGACUGUCGACAAAGCUCUUGUGAACGAUGAGCUCAGUCCCAUCCAGCUUUCCAUCUUCGGCCACCGCUUUAUGUCUAUCGCUGAGCAGAUGGGCAGAACACUUCAAAAGACGUCUGUAUCUACCAACAUCAAGGAGAGACUCGACUUUUCUUGCGCGCUAUUUUCCAACGAUGGUGGUUUGGUAGCCAACGCACCUCAUGUUCCUGUCCAUCUUGGCAGUAUGCAAUUCGCAGUCAAGUACCAACACAAUCUGUGGAAGGGGAAGCUGAAGGACGGCGAUGUACUUGUGUCCAACCAUCCUUCGUCUGGCGGAACCCAUCUGCCUGAUAUCACUGUCAUCACUCCCGUCUUUGACGGACAGGAUAUUGCUUUCUACGUGGCUUCUAGAGGCCACCAUGCUGAUAUUGGUGGUAUACUUCCAGGCUCAAUGCCCCCAACAAGUACUCAGCUGUACAUGGAAGGUGCUGCUAUUGAGUCACUAAAGAUUGUUGAGGAAGGCAGAUUCAAUGAGGAAGCGAUCACAAAGCUACUUCUCGAGGAUCCCGCACAAUAUGACGGCUGCUCGGGCACCAGAUGUCUGAAGGACAACAUCUCAGACCUGAAAGCACAAAUCGCCGCCAACAAACGUGGUAUUACACUGAUCCAAGGACUGAUCCACGAGUUCGGCCUGGCCACCGUUCAUCGCUACAUGUAUGCCAUCCAAAGAGCAAGCGAUAUCGCCGUGCGAGAACUGCUCAAGCAAAAGUACGAAGAGUUUGGCAAGAAGCCUCUGAAGGCAGUCGAUUACAUGGAUGACGGAACAUCGAUCGCUCUAGAGAUCACAAUCAACCCUACAAACGGAUCUGCCGUUUUCGACUUUUCGGGCACGGGUCCUCAGGUCUACGGCAACACCAACGCACCGGUCGCAAUCACAAACUCAGCAAUCAUCUACUGUCUCCGCGCGCUCAUCUCCUCCGACAUUCCUCUCAAUCAAGGCUGCCUAAAUCCGGUCGACAUCAAGAUCCCUGAAAACUCGUUGCUGAGUCCAGCAAAAGGCGCAGGUGUCGUCGGUGGCAACGUUCUCACUUCUCAACGCAUCACCGACGUCGUGCUCCUCGCCUUCCGCGCGUGCGCCGCCAGUCAAGGCUGCUGCAACAAUCUCACCUUUGGCACAGGCGGCAAAGACGAGAAAGGCAACCAUGUCAAUGGUUUCGGCUACUACGAGACCAUUGCUGGCGGCUCUGGUGCAGGACCCACCUGGCAAGGGCAAAGUGGUGUUCAUACGCACAUGACCAACACCCGCAUCACCGACCCCGAAGUGUUCGAAAAGCGCUAUCCUUGCAUCUUACGACAGUUUGGUUUGCGCGAAGGCUCAGGAGGCAAAGGCAAACACAUGGGCGGUGAAGGCACAAUCCGGGACAUCGAGUUCCGCAUGCCAGUUCAAUGUUCCAUCCUCUCUGAGCGACGCAGCCGUCAACCAUAUGGCCUUGAAGGUGGUGAAGCUGGCGCAUCAGGCCUCAAUCUAGUGAUCAAGAGGGACGAGUAUUCUGAAGAGAAGAGAGUGGUAAAUCUGGGUGCUAAAGGCACUAUCAAGCUUGGAGAAGGUGAUAGAAUCAUCAUCAAUUCUCCUGGCGGCGGUGGAUGGGGAUCUGUGCAAGAAGAUGGCCUUGCAGAUAGCAUGGCGAGAGAAAAGACACAGGCCAAGAUCUUGGCGGGCGGGUCGGUGAAUGCUUACAAGGCUAGGCAAGAGACGAAUUAG